AUGUCGCAUCCAGGAGAAACCCCAUCGUCUCCACCCUUCCGCUCCCCACCCUCUCAGCCAUCAUCGCCACCCAGUCGCGCCACACCCAAUCGCUCCUCCUCGUACUUCACAUAUCCAGUCUCCUAUGCCGUCUCGGGCAUACUGCGACGACUGAACACGGAAACGAGCCCAAAAUCAGACGCGCAAUCCAAAUCCGGCGGCAACAGCAACCGCAACAGCAUAGGCAAUCUGCAAGCACAGCUGCAAUCUACCGCUUCUUCGCUCUCCCAGUCCCUGGCCAGCCUCGUCUCCCCCAAUUCCUCGGAUAUGAACUCAGUCUUCCAACCAACACACCGCAUCGCAAGCCCAUUUCAACCACCGCCAUUGACCCCGCUGAGCCUCAAGGGAUGGAGGAGUGGAAUGCGCGAGAAGGGCAAGCUCCUCAGCAAAGCCCUGGCUGAAGAAAUCAGGCUCCUACUGCCGCCAAGACUGCAGCUGGUGGACGAGUGGUGUCUGGCAUACAGCCUGGAGCAGAACGGCGUUAGCCUGGGAACUCUGUACAAGCAAGCCGAUGAUUAUCGGGGGAGAAGAGGCGGCUUCGUGCUCGUGGUCAAAGAUAACGGUGGGGGUAUUUUCGGCGCAUAUCUCUCCGACCCACCCCAUCCCUCUACAUCAUUCUACGGCAACGGCGAAUGCUUUCUUUGGCGUGCGCAUGUCCUUAGUGGACUCCCCGAUCUGCAAAUGAGUCUCCCGCCCCCGCCAUCCGAAGACACCACAAAUGCCGUUCGCAUGACAACCGUAGUGUCACCCAAGACGAAUAGUGAGAAGUUGGCUCUGCCACCCAACGGCCAGGCAAAUAAAAGUGGCACAAGCACGCCCGAGAGGAUAAGGUUCAAGGCGUUUCCGUACAGUGGAGUAAACGACUACAUGAUUUUCUGCGAGCAUAGUUAUCUCAGUGUUGGGGGAGGAGAUGGCCACUACGGCCUAUGGCUAGAUGACAACCUCGAGCAUGGUGUGUCGGAUACGUGCCCAACAUUUGGCAACGAACCACUAAGCGACGAUGGCAAGAAGUUUGAGGUCAUGGGCGUCGAGCUCUGGUACAUUGGUGUUUGAGCGUUCCUUUGACUUGUUCUUACUCAGCAUGAUACCUGAUACGAUGUUCGAUACCGGCGGUAUCUUGAUCUGGCACUUGAAGACCUAAAGGAUCUUCCAGCUGAAGGAAGUGCGGCCGCUUUGAAAGCAUACCGCCCCCAGCUCGCCGAUCAAGCAAAGUAGAACCGCAAGAUACCCUGAUGAAAUUCCAUCUGACUUGACAUGAUUUUAAAUUUAGUGGCAUGCGAUAAAUGAAUUGCACAUGCGUUGAGAUGUUGCCUCGAAGCUGUCUUUGAGGCAAAUUCGAA